GGCAGCGCACGCAGAGGCAGAGAGAGAGCGACACAGAGAGAGCAGGGAAGGGGGAGGCUACAUUUUCUUUCACCUACCCCCCGUCAAACCACAGGAAGGAGGGGCCAGACCCUAAGCUGCCAAUCAAAUCCGCUCGUGGCAGCCGGCAUUAUCUCAGCAACAAACUAUUGACAGAUUACAUGUCAAGGAGUUUAGUGCAUGAUUGAAGGAAGCCUUUUUUUUUAAGAAAUCUAGUUACUUUUCCGCUUUAUUUCCCCUCCACCAACCAACAUUCGAAUGACUUUCCAGCAGAGUUGAGUAAUAUUAUGAAAGUUACAUGUCUGAGAGGAUUUAACUUCGACUUUGCUGAAUAUGCUGAAAGGAGUUUAUGCACUGAAACGACCUCAGGAAAACCCAAGAUGGCCGCCAAAAGAAAAGGUGGCCUAAAACUCAAUGCUAUCUGUGCCAAGCUGAGCCGUCAGGUGGUGUUCGACAGCAGCUCCCAGAAUGCAGAGGGAGACCAGAGUGUAGCAGAAAACAGUGAGCGUGGCAGUUCUCACUACGACGACAACGAGACCAACUUCCCAGAGAGCCUGAGCCUAAAUCAGAGCCUAGAGGAGGACCAGAAAAGACGCGAGGCCAUUGAGAAGUGGGUCAACGGCGAGUACGGUGACGAGCCGCCGGCUCCCGGGGACGAGCCCGAACUCAAAGUCAGCAAUGAUGAAGACAGCCCUCCUGAGGGCGUGUACAUGGUACAGCCCAAAGGCUGCAGCGACGAUGAAGACAAUGCAGAGGAGGCCGAGCCUGUGGCCGGGUCUCAAGAUGGUAGUUACCAUGAAGACAAAGAAGGUGAAGACAGGCCUCCAAAAGACAACGCCUUCAUGCCACCGAGCGAGACCCAGAGUCGCCAAGCACCUUUCUCCUCUCCAGGAGAGGCAUCUGCCCUGCGAGACUAUGCAGCCAACACCAUGAAUGAGUUUUUGGGAAUGUUCGGUUAUGAUGACCAGCAGGUAAGGGAUGAGCUGACCAAGAAGAUCAGCUUUGAGAAGCUCAAAGCUGCUACCUCAGACCCCUCAUCCCUCAGCAGUGAGGAGGCCUCACGGCGUGCUCGCUUCUCUAAGUAUGAAGAGUACAUACGCAAGCUAAAAGCAGGCGAGACCUUGCCUUGGCCUGUGCAUGCUUCCCCACCUAAACCAGACGACCUCAACUCAAAAAUGGCCCAAGACAAGAGUGCUACCAUGCUCCAGACCUCGGGGUGCCUCCCAGGGGCAGAGGCACAGAUCUACCCCUCCAGCCUGGAUCACAAACAGCCAGGAGGACUCCAACUGGGCACAUCUCAGCCAGCCAACUCCUCUCACAUGCAGAACAUGACGCCCCGAGCCUCCAAGUAUGACUUCUUUAUUCAGAAGCUGAAGAUGGGUGAGAGUCUGCAGCAGCAGAAUGGUAAUGCUUACAAGCGACCCUCCAAGUACGACCUGGAGAACGUCAAGUUCCUGCACCUCUUCAAGCCCGGUGAGGGCAAUCCUGACAUGGGCGGUGCCAUCGCCUUUAAAACGGGAAAAGUGGGCCGCCCCUCGAAGUAUGACAUCAGAACAAUUCAGAAACUGAUGCCAGGAAAUCCUGAGGCCUCCCUGAUGCCCAAUAUCCUCGCUACAGCACCAGGAAACCCAGGAGCUCCUGGUGUUCCCACUGUAGGUGCAGCCGGGGCCAGCAUCACUCCAGGGCUCACAAUGGACCAGACCGGACACAUAAGCUUCAACGCCACCGACUACCUGAAGUCCAGCUUUUCCAAGACUGACUCCAUCACCACGGGCACUGUGUCCUCUGUUAAGAAUGGCCUGCCACCAGAUAAACCCGCCAGCGAAGACAUCAACCUCUACCAGAAAUAUAUUGCUAGGUUCUCUGGAAGUCAACACUGCGGACACGUGCACUGUGCCUACCAGUACAGGGAGCAUUACCACUGUAUGGACCCUGAGUGUAACUACCAGGUGAGCAGGUUUACCAGUAAGCAGGAUGUAAUCAGGCACUACAACAUGCACAAGAAGAGGGACAACUCUCUGCAGCACGGAUUCAUGCGCUUCAGCCCUCUGGACGACUGCAGUGUCUACUACCAUGGCUGUCACCUCAAUGGGAAAAGCACCCAUUACCACUGCAUGCAGGUGGGCUGCAGCAAGGUGUACACCAGCACCUCAGACGUCAUGACCCAUGAAAACUUCCAUAAAAAGAACGCCCAGCUGAUCAACGACGGCUUCCAGAGAUUUCGGGCCACCGAGGACUGUGGCACAGUUCAGUGUCAGUUCUACGGGCAGAAGACCACACACUUCCACUGCAGGCGCCCAGGCUGCACCUUUACCUUCAAAAACAAGUGUGACAUUGAGAAGCACAAGAGCUAUCACAUCAAGGAUGAUGCCUAUGCCAAAGACGGCUUCAAGAAGUUCUACAAAUACGAGGAAUGCAAGUACGAAGGCUGCGUGUACAGCAAAGCCACCAACCACUUCCACUGCAUCCGUUCAGGCUGCGGCUUCACCUUUACCUCCACCAGCCAGAUGACCUCCCACAAGCGCAAACAUGAGCGCCGGCACAUCCGCUCCUCUGGCGUCAUGGGCCUCUCUUCCACCUUCCUGCCGCCAAAGGACGAGCAAGAGGAAUCGAGCAACGAUGACCUGAUGGAUUUCUCCGCCAUCAGCAGCAAGAACUCAAGCCUGAGUGCCUCGCCCACAACCCAGCAGUCCACCACUGUACCACACCUGAUGGCCACACCCACUACGGUUGUCUCCUCCUCCUCUACAAUGGGCCACGCCCUCAAGCUGACAUCCUCGCUGUCCAGCGCAGGCCAGCGUAUGUCCAGCCUGCUGUCCCAGGCCCUGCCCAGCAACAUGCCGGUGGCCCUCGCUCUCUCCAACAGCGCUAUGGCCAACAACCCCUUCUUCCCUCUCAUGCCCAGGCUGCCUCUCCAGCCCUCUCUGCCUGCCGCUAGUCUGAUAUCAGCUGCAACCUCUGGGGCCCACUCCAUGCCCACCGACUCACUUAGCCAAGGUUGCUCCACAUCGGGGGCAGAGGGAGCCAUGGCGUCGACCCCGACCUCCUAUGCCACCUCCUCCAUCAUGGAGAAGAUCUCGGCGAGCAAAGGUCUGAUAUCACCCAUGAUGGCCAGACUGGCAGCUGCUGCCCUGAAGCCCACCAUCAACCCAGAUACAGGGAACGGGCAGCCGACUUCAGCCAGCCAGUUUAAUCUGGUUCAAGUGAAGCAGGAGCCGGUGGAUGGCAGCUCUGGGGCCUCCCAUGACUCUGCGCAGGAGCACAGUCUGGACCUGAGCAAGAAAGACCACAGUAAUGAAUCAAACGGACACCCUGUACCAGGGAAUACAUCUCUUUUAUCCUCGCUUAUGAAUAAGAUGUCACAGGUGAACCCCGCCCUCUUCAACGCCAUGAACCUGAAGACGGAGCUGGAGGCGGGGCAGGGCAGCGACACGUCAGAGGCUGCACAGUAUCUGAACAGAGUGCUGAAGAGGCCCCUGCUAGAAAAACCAUCUGAGAUCUGGAGGACAUACCUCCGCAGGUUUGACACUGAUGACUUCUGUGAGGCUCAGUGCGACUUCCUUCAGAAAGUGCACUUUCACUGCCUGGUUGAAGACUGUGGUGCACUCUUCAGCACUGUGGAUGGGGCCAUAAAACAUGCUAACUUCCACCUCCGCGCCACCUUGAAAGUGAAGUCGGAGCCUCAGUUCGGCGAGGGCAAGGACUCCAAUGAGGGAGCCCCCCUGCAUCCCGCAGCACCAGUGUCUAUGGCCAACACUCCCUCUAUUGAUGUGGCUCACAUCACCUCCUCCCACGGCUACAGCUCGCCUCCUCCCUCCCUGCUCGCAUGGAAGCAGCUGACCGGCAGCAUCCCCCAGAUGUCGGCCUCGAUGCCCAGCCUGCCAUCCAACUCCCCUCUGGCCACCACCUCUUUAGAGAAUGCUAAGCCACAAGUCAAACCAGGCUUCCUGCAGUUCCAGGAAAAUGAUCCAUGUUUGGCCACUGACUGUAAGUACUCAAACAAGUUCCACUUCCACUGCUUGUUUGGCAAUUGCAAGUACGUGUGCAAGACUUCUGGCAAGGCUGAGUCCCACUGUUUGGAUCACAUCAACCCCAACAACAACCUGCUCAACGUCCGCGACCAGUUCUCCUACUACUCCCUCCAGUGUCUCUGUCCCAACCAGCACUGCGAGUUCAGAAUGAGGGGCCACUAUCACUGUCUGCGGCCCGGUUGCUACUUUGUCACCAACAUCACCACCAAGCUGCCGUGGCACAUCAAGAAGCACGAGAAGGCUGAGCGCCGCGCCGCCAAUGGUUUCAAGUAUUUCACCAAGAGAGAGGAGUGUGGCAGGCUGGGUUGUAAGUAUAACCAAGUCAACAGUCAUUUCCACUGCAUCCGCGAGGGCUGUCAGUUCUCCUUCCUGCUCAAACACCAGAUGACCUCACAUGCACGCAAACACAUGAGGCGGAUGCUUGGGAAAAACUUUGACAGAGUCCCAUCCCAGGUGAUGCCACUCGGUCAUAGGGCUGACGACAUGCAGCAUGCAUCUGGCAUGGGAUCCAUGGCGACACAGCCCAGCUUCUCCUCUGGCGUCAUGGAUGAGACUGAUGACUACAUGGACUACAUGGGAGGCGGAGGCAGCCCCCUGGGCCUCUCCUCCGAGUCCUCCAACCAGGACCGGAGCUGCACCAGCACGCCAGUAGGCAACGAUGGCUCGCCAGCAGGACAAGGCUGGCCUACCACCUCUUCUGCUCCCACCACCCCUGCUGACACUAGCGCUACCCAAAAUGCAACUCCUUCUUCCCCUCCUCUACCACCUCCUCCCUCCGCCCCUCAGCCUGGUCUACAGUCCCAGGUCCCAACCCUCUCUCCUGCUCUCCUCAGACAUCCUCUCCCCUCACUCCCAUACCUCCUCUCUCCAUCCUGUCUGUCAUACUCUCUGCUCAGCGCCUCUCUGGGAGCCACUCGGAGUGUUGUCAUGCCAACCAACACACCAGCUUUCAGCCCCAUCAUUGCCACUCCGUCUCCGGUUAAAAAUGACGUCCCUAUAGUGCAGGAUGCUGCAGGCAAUACCAUCUCCAUUCCCACGGCCACCGGUGCAAAAAAGCGCUUCUGGAUCAUCGAGGACAUGUCACCAUUCGGCAAGCGCCGCAAGACCGCAUCGUCACGCAAGAUGCUGGAUGAGGGGAUGAUGCUGGAGGGCUUCCGGCGCUAUGACCUCUACGAGAACUGCAAGGACUCAAGUUGCCAGUUUUCUCUGAAGGUGACCCACUACCACUGCACACGUGAGAACUGUGGCUACAAGUUCUGCGGCCGCACCCACAUGUACAAGCAUGCACAGCACCACGACCGCGUGGACAACCUGGUCCUAGACGACUUCAAGCGCUUCAAAUCCUCGCUAAGCUGCAACUUCCCCGACUGCCAGUUUUCAGGCAACAGUACCCACUUCCACUGCCUGCGCUGUGGCUUCCGCUGCACCGACAGCACCAAGGUGACCGCUCACCGCAAGCACCAUGGCAAGCAAGAUGUGAUCAGCGCCGCUGGCUUCUGCCAGUUCAGCUCUAGCGUUGAUUGCGAGGUUCCCGACUGCAAAUAUAAGCUCAAGUGCUCACACUUCCACUGCACCUUCCCCGAGUGCAAGCACACAGUGGUGGGCAUGUCCCAGAUGGACUCCCACAAGAGAAAGCAUGAGAAGCAGGAGCGGGGUGAGCUGCCGUCUGUGUCACCCAAACAGGAAAGUGCUCACCACCUGGGAGGAGGUAUGUUGGCGGUCCCUCCAACCUCCAUGGCCCUUUCUACUUCCUCACCUGGUGGUCUCCAUGGCUUGUCCCACAACAUGAACAGCAACGCUCCCUCCAUGCUAUACACAAUGGGCGAGAUGGGGUCCGACUAUAACCACCCGUACCCACCAUCCACCAUUAGCCUGGACGGCUCGCUCAACCUGGGCACCGACACCAGCAGCUCCCUGUUCUUCCUGAAGAACGCCAUAGGUCUGGGUCUCAGCGACUCACUGGACCUCAGCAAGAAAAUUCACCAUGAUGCAGUUCGAUCUAGCCACAACCCCACCCCCCCUCACGGACUGCCAGCUGCUCAGGACGACACCACGGGAACGUCUGGAGAGGCCGAAGACGACGUGUCGCCAGAGGAGGAGGCACAUGCGGAGGAAGAUGAAGAAGAAGAGGAUGAGGAGGAGGAAGAGGCAGAGGAGGAUCUCAACACUGAUUCGAAUGAUGAUUCGAUGCCAGAGCCCGAUGGUGAGAAGGACAAUGAUGAGAGUUUUGAUGCUUCCAUUAACCACACUGAUACUUCCCAACUGGAAAAGCAAGACGCUGUCCCAUGAAAAAAUAAACUAACACAGACUGCAGAAACUGAAAGAAAACCCUGUGUACUAUGAACAAACAAAAAUGAAAGUGGCCUCAUUUAUCAUGUUUAGAGACUUCAGAUGACAACAAAAAACAACAGCGCAGCGUGAAAAUGACGGCCCAAAAUGAUUUAUUAUGAUGUUUACAAGAUGACCAACAUUAUUAAUUCAAUUAUGCAUUAAAAAAUAUGAACGGAGACACACAGAAUUAGGCCCUGUUUUACACUCGGGGCAGCAAUGUAAAGCAUUUUACUACACAUCAGUCUUUUUGUGUGCGUGCAUGUUUGACUUUAAUUUAUUUUUUAUUUUUUUCACUUUUUGUGUGUGAAAAAAAACAUUAGAAAAACAAAAACAAAUCUCUCUAUAUAACUAUAUAUGUAAGUGUGUGUGUGUGUGUGUGUGUGUGUGAAAGAUAUAUACAAAAGGAAAUUGCUGGCACAGGCGAUAUGAGACCGCAGGGCCGUGGAUACAUAGAAAAAGGGACAUGAAUCACUAAGGGGAAACAGGAUUCAUUGCAAACAUUUGAUCUUUUUUUCUGUAUUGAUAUUAUAUUAUUAUUAAUUAUUAUCGUUGUUAGAGACAGAGAGACAGUGGGUGACGCUCUGCUUGUUCCCGUCUCUCUCAGGUGAUUUUCUUUGUUCUCAAUGACAUGUGGAAUCGACCAGUAACUGUUCUCAGCUGCAGUCGGGGGCGUCUGGCGAGACGCCAGGUCUCAACAGUUCUCUCUCGACAUUCUGCUAGAAAUGUUCCGCUAGCACCAAAAUCCAAGCUCAGCCCUCGUACGGUUUUCAACCCCCCCUGUGGAGGAAUCAAGUUUGUGUGGAUAGUGCACUUUUCUAUGAGCUGACCACGACGACACCGAUGACGAUGCUAGACGACUCAUAAGCAUAUUUAAAAAGAAAAAAUAUUUUUGUUACCAUUUUGCAUCUUUGCAUUACAGUGUCGUUUUUGUUGUGUUGUUAGUCAGAAGCAUAUCGAUCUGUUAGCAGGCGAGGUCGUGAUUAACGGCUGGCAAGU